ACUUUCUUUAUCAAUUUUAUUGUUUUAAUUGACAACAAAUACUACAAUGGCUGAUCCACCUAUACAUGGACCAGAUAGGAUUAUGGUUUUUCGGCCAACAUUUGAAGAAUUCAAAGACUUUAAUAAAUAUAUUGAAUAUAUUGAAUCCUGUGGGGCACAUAAGAUGGGAUUAGCUAAGAUAAUACCCCCAAAGGAGUGGGUACCAAGAAAGAAAGGCUAUGAUGAUAUAGAUCUUAUGAUCCCUGCUCCCAUAGAACAGAUAGUGACAGGCCACCAGGGAUUGUACACACAGUUUAAUGUACAGAAGAAAGCCAUGCACGUUAAAGAAUUUGAAGAGCUAGCUAAUUCUAAAAAGUACCGUACUCCAAGUCAUUUUGACUAUGAAGAUUUAGAAAGAAAAUAUUGGAAGAAUAUCAGUUUUGGUGCCGCCAUAUAUGGAGCUGACAUAAACGGUUCUAUCACUGACGAUGACCAGGACUACUGGAACAUCAACAGAUUAGGCACCAUACUGGAUCAUGUGAAAACUGAUUAUGGCAUUCAAAUAGAGGGUGUCUGCACAGCAUACCUUUACUUUGGUAUGUGGAAGACAACCUUUGCGUGGCACACAGAAGAUAUGGACCUUUACAGUAUUAACUAUCUCCACUUUGGUGCCCCAAAGUCAUGGUAUGCCAUUCCUCCUGAACAUGGGCAAAGAUUAGAACGCUUGGCUCAAGGAUUUUUCCCCACUAGUUUUAGUGAAUGUUCAGCCUUCCUGCGACACAAGAUGUCUUUAAUUUCCCCAUUUAUACUUAAAAAGUACUCCAUACCAUUUCAUAAGAUCACCCAAGAAGCAGGGGAGAUAAUGAUAACAUUUCCCUAUGGCUACCAUGCUGGUUACAACCAUGGUUUUAACUGUGCAGAGUCUACUAACUUUGCUACAAAGAGAUGGAUUGAAUAUGGAAAACGUUGCCUGCAGUGUGUGUGUAGGAGAGAUGGUGUCAAGAUUUCUAUGGAUAUUUUUGUCAAGACAUACCAGCCUGAUCGCUAUGAACUUUGGAAAGCUGGUAAAGACAUAGCUCCUCACCCAGAAGGGCAUAGGGAUAGUAACCGGACAAACAACAGGUCAUCCAAGAAAAAGAUUGAAGCAAAUAGCUCAGGCACUGCUCAUUCUAGACGUCACCCUCUGAAAGAUGACUUCCCCAAGUCAAGUGUUGACCAGGUAGCUGACGUUUCUAAAAGCAAAAUUAAAAGCACUAAAAAAACUAAGCAGCCUGUAAAUGAUUCUGAAGAGAACCCUGUUCCAAAAAAGAAAGCCAAAAGAAAAAAGGCUAAUCAAGCUACAAGCGAGGAUUCUGAGAAACAGAAGUGUGAGGCGUUAGUUGCUUUAAACUCUGCUCCUUCUAAUUCUCAACCAUCCCAAGAAGAAUCCACAAAGAAACAAGUCAUUGAUGAAUAUCUGAAGCUCCCCCGACCGAAAGAAGUUGAAAAUACUAAGCCGAAAUUGAUGACAGCGUUUCAGGAAGCUUUUCUUAAGACACUUAUGCCGAAUGGUGGGCCAAAUUUGUUGGCAAACAGACCAGAUGAGCAAAAGGCUGCUCUUAGCAAGGCGCCAUAUAGUUCUGUUCUCCCCCCACCACAGCAUUCUACAGCCUCCGUCAACAAUGGAAAAACCUGUGUAUGGAGCGCCAUUUACUCAACGCCAGCUCAGCUGGCUCAGGCUAGCGCCAACAAGGCAGCGAAGGGUAACUCCCCAGUUGUUGUGGAUAGAAACCAGUCAGCGCAAUCUGCAAGUCAGGCACCGGCAGUUGAACAGGUUAAUGUGGUACCCCAGAGUACCGCAGCUGAUGCUAACAAGAUGCCAGCCAUGAGCUACAGCCAGACUUUUUCAACUGCUGGACCAGUUGCCCCUCAAGCCAGUUACAACCCAGUUAACAGUCAAUGUGUUACGACACCACAUCACAGUGUUUUGUCAGGCCAGCACCAUGCUGCCCCAUCACAGGCUCAGAUGGUCCAUUCUCUACCGGGUCAAGUCAGUCAGACCGAAGCUUAUCAUCCUUAUCCAAGUAGUGUGGCACAGCAAGCUCAUGGUUCUAAUGUUUCAUUUCUAUCUAAGUCGUCCCAGUUUUUACAAGGCACACUGAACCCCUCUUCAAACCACUCUGGAUGGCUAAACCAAAAUCAAGUUUCAAAUAACUCUGGAUGGCCUAACCAGAACCUUGUGUCAAACUCCGGAUGGCCUAACCAAAACCCAGUAUCAAACAGCUCAGGGUUGCCUAACCCUACAGUUCACUCAAGAUGGCCUGACCAAAACCAUGCUUCAAAUAACUCUGGAUCUUCUAAUCAGAAUCCCACUACAAAUAAUUCAGGAUGGCCUAACCCUAACCAACACAGAUCACCUGCUUUUAACUCUGUGAUGUCUGUCCAUUCCCCAAAUAUUUCUAGAAAUCCCCCCCACCCGACUCAAGUAGCAGCUCCUAAAACUAACCCUGAUCAUGCAACACUGACCGUUAUACACUCACCACAAGGACAACCUGGCUUAAAUAAACCUGCAGGGGAUUUCCAGAUGAUGAGAAAUCAGCCCACUCAACCACACAAAGCCCCAGUCAUGUCCACUGGUCAGUUUGGAUUCCUACAGUAUUCCCCACAACGGCAGUUCCCAAAUGAAAAUGUGCAGAGUCCUAGAACACAGCCCCAACUUCAGGGUGAUACCAACAACUUAAAGAUGACUGUAAUAGCCACAUCAGGGGGAACGUCUGGCGGAAGAACUGCUGUGUUCAAUGGUGCUAAACCGCAACAAAUGCCAAAAUUAGAAGCCACUCGUCCAAUGCAUAUCAUUACAUUAAAUAAUCCUAGUCUUUUGAGGAAUUACCUUACUCCCACUACAUCCUCAAACUCUAUGCAUUUGAUCGCCAGUGGUUCUCAACAUUUGCUGCCAUCACAGCCCCAGAAAACCACUGGUCCUCCACAAAUGUCAAUGCUGCCCCAGACAGCCAAUGGCCCUCCACAUAUGAUGUCAUCACAGCCCCAGACAGCUAGUGGCCCUCCACAAAUGAUGCAGUCACAGCCUCAGACAGCUAGUGGCCCUCCACAAAUGUCAAUGCUGCCCCAGACAGCCAAUGGCCCUCCACAUAUGAUGUCAUCACAACCCCAGACAGCUAGUGGCCCUCCACAAAUGAUGUCAUCACAGCCCCAGAAAGCACAUCUUCAGCACAGCACAGUACCCCAGCAAUUUCUGACUUCAUCCCUCUCACAAAAUCACCCAAAGCCAAGCAGCACAGUCCAAUCAGCUCAGUUCAAUCUUCCGCCCCAGUCAUUUGCACAAGCCAACUCUACUCCAUCUAGAAUCAUCACAGUCUCCCAGCCUCAAGGCCGCAGCCUCAUUAGUCUACUGGGACAACCUGUUUCAAGCUCUAAUCAAACAGCCACCAGCACAAACCAGCCAAGAAGCAGCACAAGCCCAGCAUUUCAAAUCAUCAACCCCUCAUCCCCAUCCAUCACCUUGUACAACAGCAGAUUCAUCCAGAACCCCUCCAAGGCUCCAGUAGCAAAUCUGUUCUCUCAGCAGUCCAGCCAGCAGCCUGUCAAGCUUGUCCUCAGCCCCCACCAGCUGCUGGCCAACUACCUGAGGGGUCAGGUCAUCAGUGCUCCACAACCUGGCAAGUCUGCUCCACCCCAGAUACAGAUAUUAACAAACAGCAGCCAGAGUGCCAGUCAGGGUACUUCCACUCCCCAGAGGGCGCCACAGCAAACUUCAGACCAGCAAGCCCAGAUACAAAGCAUGCAGAAGAUUCAUAACUACUCUCAUGUUGAGCAGAGCCACGCCAGACCACAACAGCCGGCAGCAUCCAACGUGGUGGUCAACAUGUCCCAGGGUCCCAACCUCCCCAGCACUCAGAUGCCUGGUGUCUCAGUGGACGAGCGUGUCAAGCAGAUCUUGGAGACGGCUAAACUCCUACAGCAGCAGCAGGUUGAGAAGCUGGUAGACAAGCCCAAACCUAAGAGGAAUAGAAAGAAAUCAUCAGAUAAAAAGCAGACUACUGUGGCCUCCACAACACCUAGCAGUGUUUCUGUGGCUGAAACUUUGCUCCAAAUGGCCCAUGGUAAAACCUCUGCCCCUAUCUAUAUUCUACAAGCUCAGCACCAAUCACCAGCAACGGUACUUCAUGUGAAUACAUCAGAAUCUCCCACAGAGGCACCCUACCUGUCUCCACAAAUCUCAGCUCAUUCAUUGCAAGGCUGCCCCGUCCUCACUCCACAAACUAACAUCAUUCCUCAGACAUCGCCUCACAAUGCCACAAUUCCAGAGUUGACCUCCCAGAAAGCAGUUGUUGUCCAGACUCCAAACAGUCAGCCUUUAUCAAGACCCCCAUCUUUAUCUCCUGCACUGAGCGACAGAAUGCCCAUCCUGACCCCCUUCAAGAACUCCCAACCCAUUGAGUCUGGCAUAGUUUCCACCUCCCAGGAGUCUUUUCGCUCCAACUCCUCCCUGUCCUUAUCCUCCUCGUGUAAUGAAAUGUUCCACACCUCCUUUGACCAGCCAGACUACAAACUAGAAUCCCAGUCAUCACUAGGUUCCUUUGUAGAAGCUGCCUGUGUCAUUCAGGAGCCAUACCUGAAUGAGUCCCUGCACUCCCCUGCUUCAGACAGAUCCAUGGAUCUUAUCAUUGACAGCAGCACCGCUCCAAAUCCUGCCAGUUUUUUAGAGCUGGGCCCCUCACAUGAAAGUCCCCCUCCAGACCAGAUGAAAGCCAGAGCUCCUGAGACAGGCGAGGCAAGCGCUGUGGAGGUGCCAAGCAUGUCAAGCCAGUCUCACAUUCAGCCCGCUCCGCGCCAAUUAAUUCCUCAGCCGAUUGUCACCAGUUCUCGUUUGGCACAUCCCCUACCCUGUAACCCAUUAACCACUGUAGACCAAUUGAAGAGAGAAAGUAAAAAGAAAGUUGCUAGCUCAAGAAAGAAUAAAAAAGCUGAAAGAAAUUGCGUAUCAAAACCUCCAGUCUUGACUUAUGAAGGGUUUGGUGUUUUAGCCGAGGAAAGGAACACACCUCCACAGUUAAUAUCUUCUCAAGAAAGUUACCCUCGUGUCCCUAGCACCUCCCAACCUGGUGUUUUAGGUGAGCUGUCAUUGAGCAAAGGUAAAAAGGCUUUGAAGCCACUUAAGAAAAGAAAAAAUAACCAGAGUCCCAAAGACAGGGAGAAAAAGCAUGUGAGGGACGAUGAAAUGUUAAGCAAUAGUUGUGAUAAUGAAGUAGACUCUUGUAGUAGUAAACUUUGUACAGAUGAUUCUUUGGGACAAGUCAUGUUAGGGGAACUUGAGAUUGGAACUACCAAACAAAACAACAAUCCAGUGACUGUAAAGAGGAUAGAAGAGCCCUGGGCAGAACACAUCAGCAAACUGUGGCAGUGUGAACCCUUUGAUUUUGAUGCUGUCAAGCACUACAACUACACCAUGUCCAGACGGCCGCCACACUGUUCCAUCUGCUCUCUGUUUCAGAGAUUGGAUUCAGAAAAGGAGGCUGAGCUGUGGAGUACAGCACCAGUGGAGAUACCCAAGAGAAGCCUCCCCAUGAUACCUGAGGCAUCAUUUGCUAUCAGUGCCACCAACAAGAAGCCAGUCUGUGAUUACUCCCCACUGGAUGAGGAUGGUCUGAGUGCACUGUUACAGUGCCAGAAGUGCAAUGUCUGUGUGCAUGCCAGUUGCUAUGGUGAACAGAAUGGUGUAUCUGUUAGCGACUGGACAUGCUCUCUGUGUCAAGCGGAUGGGGUGGAGGAUAAGAUCUGCCAGCUGUGCUGUCUGAGAGGGGGAGCUUUAAAGCAGACAACAGAGGGCCAGUGGGCUCACAUUGUGUGUACACUGGCCAUUGGUGAUGCCUCAUUUGUCAAUGCCAGGGCAAGGGCUCCACUAGACAUUUCUAAAAUCACAGCUCCAAGAUACAAACUGAAAUGCAGCCUAUGUAGUGCCAUCUCCCAGAACAUCUCCCACCAGACUGCUUGUGUGCAGUGCUCCUCUGGUAGGUGCACCAAGUCAUUCCAUGUCACCUGUGGCUACGCAGCUGGGGUCAAGUUUGAGAUCAGUGAAUGGCCCGUCCCAAUUUACGUCUCCUGCAUCAAGCACAUAUCCACACAUCACAGACUGGAAGGCAGGCACAAUGAAGAGCUGCGGGAUUUGAACCAGGGGGAUAAGGUGGUUGCUAAACAUAAGAACCGCAGGUUUUACUGGGCCAAGGUCAUCCAUGUCCAGCGUAACCGGCUGUAUGAAGUUGAUUUUGAUGAUGGCUCGUUUAGCGAGGAUUUACUCCCUGAAGACAUUGAGGGUAGGGAUUGCUUGAAAGAUGGUCCACCCAAGAAAGGAGAGCAUGUUAAAAUAAAAUGGACUGAUGGAGCCCUUUAUGGAGCAACUUUUAGAAGGGUCAAUGUGCAGGAUCUUUAUCUGAUUGAGUUUGAGGACAGCUCUCUGCUCCAGGCUAAGAGGGAGGAGCUGUGGGGGGAGACAGAGGAGCUGCCUAGAUUUGUCAAAAACAAAAUGUCUCUGGCCACUGACAGCAAGUUUGACUUGUUUGAAAAAAAUAGUUCCCAGGUCAGCCCUGAUGGGAAGAGACACAAGAAAAAGGUCAAUUACAAGAAGUUGGGGAAACAAGGGGAGAUCAUUUGAGUCUGCUGAUUGGAUUGUUGUUUUUUUA